AGCAGACUGUCCAUAUGCUGCCAUUGAAGAGGAUGGAAAAAAAGGUGCUUCAGAUUCGAAGACGAUGCAAUCGUUCCUGUUUCGAUUCAUCGUGCUAAUUCCGGAUCGCGAUCGAUAAAAAGCGGAAACGUUUCGGUUCAUUCCGGAGUCGACGAAGGGCGACACGAAUCGCCCCCCUGCGGGUGGUACGGAAAUUCGCGAGACCAACAAGGCGCCUACUGUCCCUGGAACAUCUACAAAAAAAGGAUCUUUGUGCUGACAUCAAGCGGGGAACACAUGCCACGGAAGAAGUCACGAGUUCUAUGAUGAACAUGCUCUCGAUGAAACUCUUGGAGGGGAUUUCCUUUCGAAAAAACAUACAAACAUGAUGAGUGCUACGAGAUGCGCGCGCAGACCGAAGAGAGGCAGAAAAUACAGGAGGAAUAAGGAGAUGACUGUAAGAUGAAGGAGGACAAUUCGAGAAAUGAGAUGCACAUAGAAAGGUGCAGAAGAGAAAAUCGAGAUAAGUAUUGGAUUUUAUCGGGAAAGAUGAUUCGAUUCCACGAUCCACGCACGAUUUUCUUCUUGCUUCUGGCAGUUCAGUUGGAACAGUUCUUCCAUAGCAGAGGGAUAAUGUUGACCGAGGCCAGAAUGGAAGCACGGUUUGAGAAAUGUUGCGGUCUCGGUACUGCGUGGGCUUUGGAAGGGCUUGGCUGUGAAAAAUUCUCAGGACCGGUGCCUGGGGUGCCAACAGUGGAACAAGGUCUUUGUUUGGAAGCUGUAGACAUUUGUUGCGUGAGGGCGUAUCACGAUCAACAAUGCAAGAAAGGGAAAUCCGAUGCACGAGCUGGUUUAGCAUGUGUUACCAGUACCAAAGCAAAACGUACUGGACCCGGUGAUUACCAUCGCGAUUGUUGUGAAGCCUGUAAAUUAGGUAUCUUAACUGGAUCUAUGGGCCAAGGAUGUUCCUUCAAAAGCUUCAGCUUUGGAAACCCAUGGGACCCUGCUUUUCUGGAGUGUUGUUACGAAGCAUCGCCAAGUACCACAUCAUUAACUUCAGAAUCAACUUCUCCAACUGAUACUACUGAAACUGAAUCAAGUUCAUCCUCAUCAACAUCUUCAAUGUCAUCAUCUUCGGUGUCUUCACCUUCUACAGAGACAAGCUCAGACUCAAGCUCAGACUCAACAUCUUUUUCUCCAUCUAUACCUACCCCUCCAUUGGACGACAUCUGUCAGCUUAUGAAAGGUCUACUGUGUUCUGAUAUUUGUGUUCCCACACCUGGAUCUUAUUACUGCAAAUGUCGCGAGGGCUUUACUUUACUGGAAGAUGGUAAAACUUGUAGACAGGACCUUCCAACUGAUAGGUGUAAAUCAACAAAUCCAUGUGAACAGCGUUGCACAGACAAUGGGGUAGCUGUAAUAUGCAGCUGCAAUCCCGGAUACAUUUUAGCGAAUGAUAAACGAUCUUGCAUUCCAAAGUCGUCGGAAAACAAGACGACUGUACCAACAGAAGAAGAUGAAUUCGCAGCUCUUUGUCCAGCUGGUUACCGUUAUAACGCUACGAAUCAAGUUUGCGACGACGUGAACGAGUGCAUAGAGAAAGGAGUUUGUCCUGGUCGGUGCGAGAACACCAUAGGAUCUUAUACGUGUACUACAAAGAAUAUUCCCAAAAGUCCACCGUAUGAGGAUUGUCCUCCUGGAUAUGAGUGGGAAUCUACUACUGAUCUCUGCACAGACAUUGAUGAAUGUCUAAUGUUGCCAAAACCCUGUCCUAAAGAGAAAAAUUUUUGUGUCAACACACAAGGUAGUUUCAGCUGCUUGGAAAUGAAAGGAAUAAAAUCUUGUCCUGCUGGAUUUAAAUUUGAUAAGUUAUCGCAACAAUGCAAAGAUGUAGAUGAAUGUGCGGAAGCAAUUCACAGUUGCAUUGAAGGUACAGAGGAAUGUCGAAACACCGAAGGUGCUUACGAGUGCGAUAUAAAAUGUGAGAAAGGGUUUAUCUAUAAUGUAAAUUUAGGUACCUGCGUCGACAUAAAUGAAUGCCUUGAAAUGAGUAAUCCUUGUGUUGGAUUAAAUACUACAUGUAUAAAUACAAUAGGUAGUUAUGAAUGCACACCAAACAAUUUUGCAUCUCAGUUUCCUGUCAGCAAAGACACGAAGCCAUUGGUUUGCUCUGCGGGAUACAAACCAGCGAAUGAUAUUAAAGAGGCAUGCAUUGACGUGGAUGAAUGUAAAGAACGAUUACAUUCGUGUGAAGCAAACGAACAAUGUAUCAAUGAAAUUGGUAGCUAUAGAUGUGAAUUAUUAGAUGGCAAAGAUUCGAACGAAAAAGACGAAGAUAACUAUUCGUACAGAGGAUACAAAGUACAAAGUGCAAUUCCUUCAGCGAGUAAUCAAACAGCGAUUUGCGAUACAGGUUUUAUUUUUGACGUACGAAGUUCACGUUGCGUUGAUGUCGAUGAAUGCAGCAAUGAUUUAUCAAACUGUGGAAUUGGGGAGCAGUGCAUAAACUUCGAGGGUGGCUACAGAUGUUCCCCUGCAUGUCCAUCUGGUUUCCAACCACGUAACAAUGCUGAUUAUGGGGUCAAUGGAGUUGAAGAAAUUUGUGAAGACAUAGAUGAGUGUGCGCUUGGAUUGCAUUCUUGCAAUGGAUCCAUUCAGUAUUGUGUUAACACCAAUGGUUCUUACUCUUGUGAAUCGUUUGCAAGAACGACAAGCACAACUCCUAGACAGCAAAAAAGUACAAGAAAUAACAAAAUACAGAGCAUCGAUCGUUAUCAAUUUUUGGAGCCUUGCAAUCGCGGAUACAAGAGAGACUUUAAGAGCGGAGAGUGCGUGGACAUCGACGAAUGCACGGAAGGACCAGGUUGCAGAGAUCACGAACAGUGUCACAAUAUCCUAGGAGGUUAUGACUGUUCGCCCCUCUGCACUACCGGCUGGUAUUUUAGCCCAGCCAUAAAAGGUUGCCAAGACGUUGAUGAAUGUCUGUUAGGAAGACACGAUUGUCCACAAACUACUCACAGAUGCGUGAACACAAACGGCUCUUUCUUCUGCGAGUUAAUACCGCCUUGUAAUGACGGUUUCAAACACGCAUUCGACGGCAGCUGCGUCGAUAUCGACGAAUGCUCGGAGAAUUUACACACCUGCCGAUUGGACUUACAUCAGUAUUGUGUCAAUAGAAAUGGUAGUUUCGAGUGUGUAACCAGAUUGCCUUCCUGCCAAUCUGGGUACGAGUAUUCUUUGGCUUUGGCACGGUGCGAAGAUAUCGAUGAAUGUGCCACGGGUCAAUACAAAUGUGACUCUAGGUUGUACGAAAGAUGCGUUAAUCUACCUGGCUCUUAUAGGUGCGAAAGAUCUACACCAUCUAUACGUCAACGUCAGAAACCAGCUUGCCCUUCGGGUUACAGAUACCAUCCUCGUUUAAGAAAAUGCACAGACGUCGACGAAUGUGCAGAAGGAUUGGAUAGCUGCGAAGGUGAAAUUUGUUACAACCAACCAGGUGGUUAUAGUUGUGCCAAAGCUCCAAGACCACUUCCUAGAAGAACUACCACGACGCCUGUACCAGCAUCUUCAAAUCAGAAAUGCGUUCCUGGUACCAAGUUUGUCAGGAACCGUGGUUGCGUUGACGUUGACGAAUGUCGUGAAAUAGAAGAUGCAUGUAGCAGUAAUGAAGAGUGUGUUAAUACAGUAGGAAGCUACACAUGCAAUUGCAAAAUUGGUUUCAGACGCGAAAAUUUAACUCAAGCUUGCGUGGACAUUAACGAAUGCCAAACACAGGAAGACAGUUGUUUAGCAUCACAGAGGUGUGACAAUACCAUAGGUAGUUACACCUGUACGCGUUUUUUGCCAUGUGGUACAGGAUACACUUUAAACGCCGCCACAGAAAUCUGUGAAGAUGAUGAUGAGUGCCUUCUGGGUACACACGAUUGCGGUGAAGGUUAUCAUUGCAGGAACACUCUUGGGUCAUAUCGAUGCGAUCGUAAUCCACGUAUGCCAGUUCCUCAGUCUCGAAUCAGCGCUGCAACUCUGGCCAUGACAACCACCACUACAACUACACCCACAUCGGUCAUUCCUUCGUUCGAGCCUCAAGGUCCGCGCAAUUGUCCACCUGGAUUCCAACUUGCUUCUGGAGGAAAAUGCGUGGAUAUAGAUGAAUGCGAAAUAAAUCCUAAUCCUUGUAGUAGAACACAACGUUGUAUCAACACUCUUGGAUCUUACAAGUGCACAUCAAGAGUACUAUGUAGUAAUGGAUAUAUGUUGGAUCCAGUAACGGGACAAUAUUGUGUUGACAUAGACGAAUGUUCAACCGGUUCUCACAAAUGCACAGCGGAUCAAACUUGCGAAAACAGAAUAGGUGGUUAUGUUUGUACGUGUCCUCCUGGAUUUGUUGUUGGACCAAACAAGGAUUGCAUUGAUAUCGAUGAAUGUAGCCUCUAUGGAAAUGUAUGUGGACCAAAAAGCAAAUGCGAGAACACUGCUGGUUCUUAUCGCUGCAAUUGUGACAGUGGUUUUGAAAGUGUUGGAGGUUUCGGUGGUAGUUGCCAGGACAUCAACGAGUGCGAGCGAAAUCCUGGUCUCUGCCAGCAUACGUGUUUCAAUGUAUGGGGCAGCUACAGAUGCAGUUGCAAACCUGGAUUCAGGUUGAAUCCUGAUAACCGUUCGUGCACAGAUAUCGAUGAGUGCGCAGAAUUUAAAAGUAACAAUUUAUGCGUGGGAAUCUGCGAAAAUACGCCGGGAAGUUAUGCCUGUAAAUGUCCAGAAGGUUACAAGCUUGGGUUGAGCGGUCGUACUUGCGAAGAUAUCGAUGAAUGCAAAGGAGGACAAGUUUGCAGAGGCGCGAACGAGAUCUGUCAUAACACGAGAGGUAGUUAUCGUUGCAACAGAAUAAACUGUCCUUCGGGUUAUCAUCAGGAUCAUGAAAGAAAGAACCGAUGCGUGCGAUCCUGGCCCUGUCAUUUUGCUGACGCAGCCUGCAUCAAGUCACCGUCUCAUUAUUCCUACAAUUUUAUCACUCUUGUCAGCAUGUUACCUAUUGCGCCAAAUAAACCGGAAGAGUUAUUCAAAAUGAAGGGAUACCAUUUACCAACGUCAACGAUACAAUUCAGUAUGACGUUCUUGGAAGCACGUGCACCACCGGGGGUACAACGUGCUACAGAAUCGUGCUUCGCUCUGAAGAGGCCAGCACCGACCCAGGCUGUUUUGGUAAUGACACGAAGCAUACAAGGUCCUCAGGAAAUUGAACUCGAUCUCAAUAUGGAGGUUUAUCAUAACGCCAUCUUUGCUGGAAGUGCUGUAGCAAAAAUUUUAAUUUUUGUUUCUCAGUAUGAAUUUUAAAAUUUUAAGAGAAUAUUUGUAGGUGGAUUGAAAUCUCAUCUCUAUCCUUAUAAACAUGAAAUGGAUUGCCAGAAAAAAGGAAAAUUAUAAAAUUAUGUAAUUACUUUUUAGUAGCCCUCUUCAGCUGUCCAAAAUUAAUUUUAUUACUUUAACUAAGAUUUUGGACGUAGGAUAAAAUAUUUCAGUCCAUCUUUAGUAUUAACAGUUUCAAAGGAAGAAUUUGUUUUCUGUUAUUAAUUGAAAAAAUGUUUAAAUCAUGUAUGCUUAAAUUAACUUUUAAUUUUGCGGUAUUAAGAUUCUUAAUAUUCUAUGAUACGUAACUAUUUUCUUUCUAAUUAAGUUCUUUUUUAAGAAGACAUAUUCCAGACAUUACAAAAUUAUACAUUGUACAAGUUUCUUCUUACAAUUUUACAUAUACAUAUUUAUCAAGUAAAUGCAUAGCUGUCUUUAAUGUACAAAGAAGUAUACUCAGGAUUGUAAUGUUACUCAAAUUCAAAUUUUAAUUGUAAGUUGUUUACAAAGAUUCAUAAAAGUUAGGAGUAGUUGUAUAAAAAAAAAUAAGAAAGAAACGAAUGGAGCAAUAAUUCUAUUCUGUAUUUUCGGUAAAUAAGUGGAUUUAUAUGUACAUAGGAUAUAUUCGAGUGUAUACACAUGAAAAAAAAAUGAAAUAAAAUCACAUCAAUCGUUUUAAAUUAACUUAUCAACUUUCACCAGAUAAUAUUUUAUAAACGCGUAUUUUAUCAAAACCACAGGUUUAUAAAACGCUUCAAUAACGAAGCGUUAAUUUCCAUCAUAUCUAAUUACAGGUCUACUGACUAACCACCGUAUUUCAUAUACAUGUACUGUAAAUUUUAGAAAGAAGUUACCAUAUUGCAUACCAGUAAUAAGCAAUCGACUUGUUAAAGUGCAUUUUAUUCUAAUAACGCUUACUUUAUACUGUUGCAUACGGUAUAUCCUUAAUAUUUUGUACACGUACAUAAAAUAAGAGCAUACACGUGCACGUACAGUCUCUUACAACUUAGGUUUCCCUUAAUUAAGAGGAAGUAUAGUGUUAAAAGGAACCGGAAUUACCCUAUUUGGAUCUCUCUAAGAUUUCUACAUUGUCUUCUCUGAAUUUCUCUCUGUAGUAUCUUUAGGAUUUUACUUGGAUUUCCUUUCAAUCUCCUUAGCUCUCCUAACACUGAAGUCUCUUAAUCAAGAAAAGCCUAGAUUGCGUCUAAGUGUACAUCUUUUCCUUGAAUAUCUAAAUAUUUGAUUUCCUCCGCUUGAAAUGCGUAACUUAAUAAAUUUGAGAUCCUUAUCAUCAUAUCUGACGAUAUAAAACAUUAAUAAAAAAAAAAUAAAAUAUUACUAAGUAGAAUAUAAUUCGUGUCGAUCAAAAUUGACGAACACUUUUCUUUUUUUUAUACGUAUAUAGGAAAACAUAUUUUGCUAUACAUAGUGUUAUGAUCAUUGUACAAAAUAUAGAGAAUAAUAUCCAUAAUGAGAAUAUAAAAAUAACUCAUAAUGAUGCUUAUAAAUUAUAUACGUUGUAUUGUUGAAGAAAUAUGAAACUGAUACAUAAAGCUACGAUUAUUUAAAUUUUUAUAAUAGUUGCACUCCUAGCAACACAUGUAAAAGGAAGUUAUUAACAUUGCAUAUGAGAUCCUUUAGCAAUAAUAGAUGCUUUCCAUCUUCUAUAUUUACUGUAACAAUACUUCAACACACAACUUAUUAAUUUGUACCAAAACAAUAAGUGUAACAAAGUUUUCGAACAAUUACAUAUAUUCCACAGCCUGAUUCUCGCUUCGUUUAUAUGAGAUCAAUUGAUGUUACUGUGUUCUAUAAAUGCAUAACUGUUUUAUAAAUUAACAAAUUCAAUAAUGAAUAUUUGUAUAAAUAUUUUUGAACGCAAGUAUCGGUGAAAUUAUUUGAUUCCCAGGAAAGCAUCCAACGGCACACUUUAAAUUACACUUUGCCAAUAACAAUAUUAAUAAAUGUAUUCGCAAUACAAAUGAUAAUAGUAACGUCAUAACUAUCAUUAUUAAUAAUAAAUAGCAUAUCUAUUAUAACAGCCAAAAUACAGCAACAAAGCGCUACUGCGGCGUUGGUCGAUGACAAUAUCUUCUUCGUUCUUAUCCUAUCGAAACGUUAUUAAAGGAUCUAGAAAGAAGACUAGGAUUACUAAGGAUCCUUGGAUCUCUUAGUUAAGCACGUGCGAAUGAUUUUAAGAAUAACAAUUUGAUAAAUAAAAUCGGUUUAAACCAAUAACAAAACUAAAACUCUACGCAUAAUUCUCGUUUAGAACUAAGUUUUUGUUAUAAAUCAAAAUCACUAUUCCAAUAUUUAAUACAUGUAAGAUACACAUAGUUUAACAAUUCAAGUAUAAACUUGAAAACAUACACUGGUCCCUCGGAUCUAGGGUUACUGUAUUUUAGGUCACGUGCAACUUAGACUUUCCUUAGUUAAAGAGAAGUGUACUUGACUCUUUCUAGAUUCUUCAAAAACCAAAGGCAGGUGAGAGGCUUUUUCUCAAAUUUACUUGCACGAACUCUACACAAUUUUCAAUCAUGUAACAAGAAACCAACAAGAUCCAGUAACAGGGACCAGUAUAUCAGAAUAUGUGUAUAUUUCUUACAAUCUAAUUCGCAUUUGCUUAAAUUUUAGUGUAUCACCACAGAGGCGUCAAAUGAGCGUCGAAUUUCAAAUAAUUAAAUAUCGAACUGUAUCAAAACCAUGAGAAAACGGCACGGUACAAACAUGAAUUUUAUUCAAUGUACGCUGUUCAUUUACACAAAAUACAGUCUAUCAUUUCAUUUGUUUGGACCUCAUAAAAGAUAAAGAAAUUAUGAUAACUGAAAAUGUAUAAAAUACAUUAAUAGAAGGUGCAAAAUAUGUAAAAUUUGCAUAAGUACUACUUUUCAGCACCUUCUUAGAACAAAAUAUAGUUAUAAUUUAUAAUUGUAUACAAACUAUAUGUAUAUAAAAUUUUCCUAUUCAAAUAUUUCAGGGCAAUUUA